AUGAGCUUCUUCGGCUUUGGGCAGAGCGUGGAGGUGGAAAUCUUGCUGAACGAUGCGGAGAGUAGGAAGCGAGCGGAGCACAAGACGGAGGACGGGAAGAAAGAGAAAUAUUUCCUCUUUUACGACGGAGAGACAGUCUCCGGAAAGGUGAGCCUUGCGCUCAAGAACCCCAACAAGCGCCUGGAGCACCAGGGUAUCAAGAUCGAGUUCAUCGGGCAGAUUGAACUCUACUAUGACCGUGGGAACCACCAUGAAUUUGUGUCCCUGGUGAAGGACUUGGCUCGGCCCGGAGAGAUCACCCAGUCGCAGGCCUUCGACUUUGAAUUUACUCACGUGGAAAAGCCGUAUGAGUCCUACACAGGACAGAAUGUGAAGCUACGUUAUUUCCUUCGAGCCACUAUCAGCCGCCGCCUCAAUGAUGUUGUUAAAGAGAUGGACAUUGUAGUUCACACACUCAGCACAUACCCAGAGCUGAACUCUUCUAUCAAGAUGGAAGUUGGGAUUGAGGACUGCCUACACAUUGAGUUUGAGUACAAUAAAUCCAAAUACCACUUGAAAGAUGUCAUUGUAGGAAAGAUAUACUUCCUGCUGGUGAGAAUCAAAAUAAAGCACAUGGAGAUAGACAUCAUCAAACGGGAAACAACGGGCACAGGCCCCAACGUGUACCACGAAAACGACACGAUAGCCAAGUACGAGAUCAUGGAUGGGGCACCAGUACGAGGAGAGUCCAUCCCAAUCCGGCUUUUCCUGGCAGGGUAUGAGCUUACACCCACUAUGCGGGACAUUAACAAGAAGUUCUCUGUGCGCUAUUACCUCAACCUGGUGCUGAUAGAUGAGGAGGAACGGCGCUACUUCAAGCAGCAGGAAGUGGUGUUGUGGCGGAAGGGUGACAUCGUACGGAAGAGCAUGUCCCACCAGGCAGCCAUCGCUUCACAGCGCUUCGAGGGCACAACCUCCCUGGGUGAGGUGCGGACCCCCAGCCAGCUGUCUGACAACAACAGUAGGCAGUAGGCCUCUGGGCCAAGAAGCUGCUGGGCUUCCACCCCAGCACCCCCAUCUACCAAACACCAGCGGCUGGGGGAGGGGGAGAUGGUAUGAGGCUCAGCUGACCGUUACUUGCAACCUGAAAACAAUUCAUGUUUUUGACUUAAAUUCUUUUCUCUGAAGGACCUAAGGGGCUUGGGUUAGAAAGCAGUCUCCUUGGGAUUCUGUGGCUGAUGUGGGAUAGGGAGAGGAGCAUCCUGGAAGCUAAUCUCUCCCUGGGGAAUAAGUUGUCUGCUGAGGCUUUCCUCAUGGGCUGCCUCUUAUCAUAGAGCCGAAAGUGUGUCCUUGGCUUCUAGUUCUCUGGGCUUCCUGAUACAGGAUCUGAACAUGUCCCUGGAAUUCAAAGCUGCCAGCAGGGCCCUCGGUAGUCAUUUUUCUUAUUCUCCCCUUGACUGUCCCUGAGGUAGUGGGAGAAGGAUUUGGGCCUGUCCCAUCUAAAGGGCAGGGUUGGGGGUAGAUCAGGAAGCUACCUUUUUGGGCGUCUUGAAUGUGGUGCUCUGAGGUUUCCACAUGCCACCUUCUCUCUGGCCUUUCACUGCUGGCACCAGACACCUCCUUUCUGCAUCUUCUCUGGCUAGUAGGAAUGUUCUGGGACAGAAACCUGUGGAAGUGCCUGGGGUCAUCUGUCCCUCACCAGUGAGAAAUACCUGUGCGCAAAAAAGCUCAGAGGUUAAUGUCAUGCAUGGAUGCCAAGAGGCUGAGCCAGGCCUACUGAGGAAGGGUUAAGGCAAUGGCAACUGUCUGCUUUCACCAUGUAACUGGCUUGGCAACCCUGAGGUCUGGGUUGUUCUAGGCACAUUAUUCUAUGUGCCCUAACAAGCCCUAAGCAAGAGAGUCCAUUUCCUUUAAGAAGAUAUCCUGGAAAGGGGCCAGGAUCCUUUUUGCUCUCUAACAGUGGACCCUCAUCACUCCUUGUCUCUAUCCAACUUCUAAGAAUUGGGGCUUGAUUUCAAACAUUUUGAAAUUUUGUUCUUACUUUCACCCCAAGAUCCUUCACUCCUCAUCACCUACAAGAUAAGGGAGAUGAGGGCCCCAAUAGCAGACUCUGAUGCCACAAACUUCAGUAAUUUGCUUGCCAAGUUACAUCUAUGUCAUCACCAAUUCACUGACCUAAGUUUAGGAUCAUUGGUAUUUUUUGUUUGUUUGUUUAAAAACACAAAUAUAAAAACUCUGGUGGAUGUAGUUAUGCUAAAGAAAGGGGCAGAUUUUCCUGUUGCUCUGUUCUUGGGCCUAUAGUAGUUAAAAUAGUCUUUUCUGCCUCACUGGGGAUGACUAGGAAUUACUCUUCUGUUGGCUUCCCUUCCCUUUACAGAAAGACCAACCAGACCCCAUUGGCCAAUAUUUGGUGGUCUGAGUUCUUGGUUAUUUGGACAGUAGAGAAUUUCGUUCCUAUCUCAUGUUUCAGUUAGUGCAGAAAAAGGGGAAUCCUUGUUUUUUCAGAAAUAUGUGCAAUCUUAGGCCUUGACUGGGCAGGGCCCAUGGAUCAGAGUUGAGAUGAGGGGAAGACAUUUGGGGUGACAUGUGGUUGACAGGUGGCAGCAGAAUCAAAGAAGGCAAAUUUGUUUCCCCCAUGCCAGACCCUGAGUUCAGGUGCGACAUACAAUCCCCAUGGGAACAGCAUUCCCAUCCAGCUGCCCUUGGAUUGUCAAGGCUGAGGCUUAAGCAGAGAGGCAGAUUCUGUGCUCUUGCCUUUUUCAGAUUAUGAGAUUGGGCUCUGGUGUGCCUCCCUUUAAUAGCUGGUAUUCUAAUUAAAAAGCAUUUGUCAAUUCCUCUGCCUCCCAACUGAUGACACAAAUUCAUUUCCCAACUUUUCCUAACAUCUUCAACCUUCCUUCUGGGAGAAUUAGAAGAUAGAAUUUGCUUUCUCUCAGGAGCUGUGCACAAGCCAGGUCUUAUUUUCUCUGUUUUUUCCCCCAUUCUCUAUUCUCUGCCAUUUGUGAAAGUGAGGGGUCUCCUGUCCCCCUCCUUUAAGGUCCCCAGACCUGGGAGUGCAUAGGUACUAAACCAAGCAGUGCAACUUGUAAUUAAGAAGCUGCAGUGUUUACAUGUUUCUUAAUGUGUUGUCUUUUCAAUGGCUGUAUUUUAAAAGAACACUUGUUUUAAUGGUCUAAUUAAAGGAAGCCCCUGUGGCUUUGGAGGCAUUGUGCCCAAGGUCCACCA